AUGAAACAUGUUUCAAAUAGAAUGCUUAAUUAUCUUGAGCCUUAGAUGUAUGCUAGAUUUACAAUGUUGGCUAAUCAGAAAGGAUGUGUUAAUUUAGGUUAAGGAUUUCCAAACUUUGCCCCUCCUUAGUUUUUGAGAGAAGCACUCUCUGAAGAAGCCUUGACUGAAUAGUUAUAAUAUACUAUGACUGCUGGUCAUCCUAAAUUACUUAAUUCUGCAGCAUCUUUCUUUUAGAAAAGAAUGGGAUUAUAAAUAAAUAUAGACAAAGAAAUAGUAGUGAGUUCAGGAGCCUAAUCAGUACUUUGCUGCUUAAUGCAAGGUAUUUUAAAUCCAAAUGAUGAAGUAAUUGUAUUUGAUCCAGCUUUUGGUAAUUAUUAUAUGAAUAAGAAAUAGAUUUGUAUAGACCUUUGAUUGAAUUCUCAGGUGGUAAACAUAUUGGUAUACCAAUUAAACCAAAAGUCUUAAAUAACAAAGAAAUGAUGUUGAAAAGAUAUUAGAAUGGGUAAUUCAUUUAUACUAAUGAUGAUGAAUGGGAAAUAGAUUUCACCCAUUUAGAAUAAGUUAUAAAUUAGAAAACGAAAUUGAUCAUUUUAAAUUCACCGAUGAAUCCCAUUGGAAAGUAUAUAUAUAAAUUUAUUUUUGAAUAUUUAAGAAUGAGGAAUAUAAUAAAUUAGCAGAAAUCUUAGAAAAAUACCCAAAGAUAAUUGUUUGUGAGGAUGCUGCAUAUCAUCAUAUAACAUUUUAGAAUAAUGAACCUUUCAAAUAUCCUAGGUGUAUCACUCAUCCAAAGUUAAAAGAGAAAUCUGUUUGUGUCAUGAGUGCUGGCAAGAUGUUUUCAGCAACUGGAUUAAGAGUUGGAUUUGCUAUAGGAAAUGAAGAUAUAAUUAAAGGAAUGAAGGCUGCAUAAACUUAUCAUAUAUUUUGUUUGAAUCCUGUAAAUUAAACAGCAACUGCAAGAUGUUUAGAUUAUACAGCAGAUGGUCUUUAUUUUUAUUCUCUUCGAAAUUUAUAUUAAUAAUAGGCUACAAAGUUAUUAAAAGGAUUGAUAGAAAGCAGAUUAAACUUUAAUUAUUGGGUUCCUUAAGGUGGAUAUUUUGUUGUAACUGAUAUAUCAAAUAUUGAUAUACCUAACAAAUAUUUUAUUUAGAAUGAUGUGAAGGUUACUAGAGAUUUUGCAUUUGCACAUUAUAUGAUUAAUGAAUUUGGAGUUGUUUGUAUUCCUUGUUCUCCUUACUACGAAAAUAAAGAGACAGGUUAAAAUUUAGUAAGAUGGGCAUUUUGUAAGACAGAUGAGACCAUUUCAGAAGCAAUCAAUCGUCUUUAAUGA